GGUAAACAUAUUUAUACGGAUAACAUAUCACCACCGUCUUUAUAGGGAGAGACUCUAGUUGUUUGUUCAUCGGAGACGGAAGAAAAUUCGAAUCAUCAGUGUUUGUUUCCUCCUCUCUUAAAGCUUAGCCCUUCUCAGGUCAUUGUUCUUCAAUGGCUUCGAGCAACACGACUACUGGGGUUGAUAAUACGUUUAGAAAGAAGUUUGAUGUGGAAGAGUUUAAGGAGCGUGCUCGUGAACGCGAAAAGAAGGAAUCGGAUCGGUCUAAAUCUCGGUCCAAAGGUCCUCCUGUGCAAAGAGCCCCUUUGAAGCAUAGAGAUUAUCAUGUAGACCUAGAAUCUCGUCUGGGCAAGACACAGGUCGUUACACCGGUAGCGCCUCUAAGUCAGCAGGCUGGUUAUUUCUGUCGCGUUUGUGAUUGUGUUGUUAAAGAUUCGGCAAACUACUUGGAUCACAUAAAUGGGAAAAAACAUCAAAGGGCAUUGGGGAUGUCUAUGCGGGUGGAGAGAUCGUCACUUGAACAAGUCCAAGAGCGGUUCGAGGUUUUAAAGAAGCGGAAAGCGCCAGGAACUUUCACAGAACAAGAUCUGGACGAACGCAUCCGAAAACAGCAAGAAGAAGAGGAAGAACUAAAAAGGCAGCGUAGAGAGAAAAAGAAAGAGAAGAAGAAAGGGAAGGUGGUGGAAGAAGAGCCUGAGAUGGAUCCUGAGGUUGCAGAGAUGAUGGGAUUUGGGGGCUUUGGAUCUUCAAAAAAAUCAUGAUGAUUAUAUGAUCACUUGUAUCUUUGUCUUGUAGCGUUUUUGAUCCAAAGUUUGCAACUUUGUAAUCUGACACAUCAUAACGAUAUUUUUCUCAUUGUGCAAGAAGAGGAAUUUGAUGGCAAUUUAUC